GGAGGAAGAUCCCUCGAAGUCACCGCGGCGGCCGCGAGAGAGCCAGCAGCGCGGCCGGGAGCGGUCGGUCGCCCCGUCUGGCGGUCGCACAAGAGGACCAAGAGAGCCGGGCUGAAGACGCCCCGCGACGCCUUUUGGGUUCCCGGCUGUACGUUGCUCUGAGGGUGAGGGGGCUUCUGCUGCCGCCUGAAGCCAUGCCUACGCGAAGGGAGGAGUGCGCGGUCGGAGGAGGGGAGACCUUUGUAAAAGAAGAGGAGGAGGAGGAGGAAGAGGCGAAGGUGGCUAAAGGACACACACAGUUAUGGACUGGGGAGCCCUGCAAGCCAUCUUAGGAGGUGUAAACAGACACUCCACCAGCAUUGGGAAAAUCUGGCUCACUGUCCUGUUUAUUUUUCGUGUCAUGAUUCUUGUAGUUGCUGCAGAAAAUGUCUGGGGAGAUGAGCAGAAUGAUUUCACUUGCAAUACCCUACAACCUGGAUGCAAAAAUGUCUGCUAUGAUGAGUAUUUCCCAAUUUCUCACAUUAGACUUUGGGCUCUCCAACUUAUCUUUGUCUCCACUCCCGCCCUUUUGGUGGCAAUGCACGUUGCGUACAGAAAGCAUGAGAAAAAACGGGAAUACAGACAUGGAGAGAAAGUUGACAUUGAAGAUCUGAAAAGGCAAAAGUUUCAUAUUGAGGGAUCCCUGUGGUGGACAUACACUAGCAGCAUUUUUUUCCGAAUUAUCUUUGAGACAGUCUUCAUGUAUAUAUUUUAUUACAUGUAUAGAGGAUAUAAAAUGCCUUGGUUAGUGAAAUGUACUGAGUUUCCUUGCCCAAAUGCAGUUGACUGUUUUAUUUCCCGACCCACUGAAAAAACUGUGUUUACUAUUUUCAUGCUUGUGGUAUCAGGCAUAUGUAUGUUUUUAAAUGUGCUUGAAUUAUCUUAUUUAAUGUUAAAGCUUUGCACAAAGAAGCCAAAAAAAGUAAAUUCACUCCCUAAUCAUUAGACAUUUAUAUCAUUAAUAUUUUAUUUUGCAUUAAUUAUGGAAUUAUUUACAGUCAUCAUGAAAACUGUAUGGAACCUUAUUUUAAAUGCCAUAUUUAUAUUGUUGGAAGAAAAGCAAAGUCAAAUUUUACUACCGAAAUUAUUCCAAGUUAAUGAUACUUCUAAAAAGCUAAUUUGUUUUUAAUGACUAGAUAAUGUUCUAAAUGCUUUUAAAUUAAUUGGUUGAUAUCCAUCUUCUUAACUGAAUUCAUUUAGGGAUAUUAUUCAGUACAUGCCCAUCUGUGAUAUGUGUUGGGAUCUUCCAAUAUUACAUUUAUACAAAAGGCUUGGGUUUGUUAUAUUGGCCUGGUUUUACUCCCCCUGUUGGUAGAGGAAAUCACAUGACCCUCAAACAUUUAUCAUUUGUUUUACUCCUAGGACUUAGGAAAGGUAACAGCAAUUGGUCAACUUCUUUACCCCUCAACUAACUUUAAGCUAUGCUUUAUAAUUCAGGCUGGUUUCAUAUGAAGUUGGCUAAUUAAAACAUGCCAUACUUAAAACUAACCACAUAAAUCAUCUCCACAUUUGGGUCUAUAGUAAUGAAGCUGGUGGGAUGCACAAUCUAAAGAUCAGUCACAUAAUUUAAUGCUUAGUGAACACAGCUAAUUGUCUCUGUAUUUUUCUUCUCUGUCUGCACUCAGUAGAUCUGAUUUUCAGCCACCAUCCUUUUAAAAAAGCCUAAUUCAUUUUCAAACUUUUGCUAGAGAGUUUGAUAUAUAGUAUUAGAAACCAUAUUUUCUAUUUUUAUUUUAUUAGAAGUUAUUUAAGGUUCCAUUCUGAUAGCAUUCUGGAAGGUCUUGAAACCUGACUAUUCUUGCAGGUCUUGGGGUAAGGUGAAAACAUACCCUCUCCCCCAUUUCAGAUUUGUGUGUUGUCUUGUAACUGUUUUGUAAUUUUAUCUGGUUUAAUUUUUUAGUGCAUUCUUAUUUACUUGUUUUUGCUUUUUUUUUUUUUUUACUGGAGUCGUAUGGAGUUGGAUGGCAUAAAAAAAUCAAAUAAAUAAAUUUGACAUAUUAGAAGUUAUUUAAUGUAAUACAAUAAAUUGCAUUACAUUCAUAUUUCAUUGAAUAUAUCAUGGAUGUCCAGUUCACGUAUUUUUAUAUACUUUUCCAUAAAUAACUAUAUAUAAACCACAUCUAGCAUUAAGAGCUUUACAUAGACAUAUGCACUUUGAUACUGGAAUAUAACAUGCACACUGUAAAAGAUAAAUAUUUGGUGCUAUUUGGUGGUAAUGAACUGUUUUAAGUUUACACUACAAUAUUAUACUUGGAAAAGCAACUGAACCUACCCUCUGUAGGUUUGCCUAAAUAACUAGAUUAUAAGGAAAAAAACUAUAUUGAGCUGGGAUUUGUAAUAACUUGCUGAAAAGAGCUUCACUUAAUCUAGAAAUAGGGUCGUGACAUAGAUUUUCUCCUGAAAAUCUGCUUCUGGUUCUACACUGGGAUUGAAAUUGUAUGCCAUAACCGUAGUGCUAUUAUGGGAAGUUUGAGGAAAAUACAAAACUGUAAAUAAAGAUUAUGUAAAAGAA